AUGGAAGAAGAUAUCCUCAGCGAUGUCAUUCCGAGCAAUAUCGUGUCGCGUCAGCCGAGUGAGGGUGCGGAUGUUGAAAGUAUAUAUACUGAGGAAGGUAUGGAUGUCGACGGGGACCAGGGAGCUGAUGGUGCUGAGCCUGUGCCUUCCCCAUCUGACCAAAAGGCAUCCCCAAAAAAGAGGGGUAAAUGGAAGGAUGCCGAAGGGCACCUCACCAAAAAGCGACAGGAAAUGGACAAGGCGAAGAUAUCUGACGCCGUGAAGAGAUAUUCGUAUCUCCUUGGGCAGACGGACCUCUUUAAGCACUUCGUUGACAUGAAGCGAACCCGCGAUCCGGAGUACGCAGCACUUCUGGAUGCGCAGCCCAAGCCAAAGGGUCGGGGCAGGAAAAAACCAACGGACACGAGUGCUCGACGACGAAAGUCCGAGAAGGAAGAAGAUGAGGAACUGCUCCAAGACGGUGAGCGCGCAGUAGACGGCGAUGAUCAGCCUUUUGUAUUUGAAGAAUCUCCUCAAUUCAUCAGCGGUACAAUGCGACCAUAUCAGGUUCAAGGCCUGAACUGGAUGGUCUCGCUUCACCACAAUGGUCUCAACGGUAUCCUUGCCGACGAAAUGGGAUUAGGAAAGACGCUGCAAACGAUCUCCUUCUUGGCAUACCUUAAGCACUACCGAGAUAUCGGCGGACCUCACCUCAUCGUUGUGCCGAAGUCCACAUUGCAAAACUGGGCCCGCGAAUUUGCUAAGUGGACGCCUGACUUUAAUAUCGCACUAUUAUCGGGCACCAAGGAGGAGCGACAGGACGUGAUUCAGAACAGACUAAUCCCAAUGGACUUCGAAGUCUGUAUCACCACGUACGAAAUCUGUCUCAUCGAGAAGUCUGCGCUGAAGAAGAUGUCGUUUGCACAAAUCGUGAUUGAUGAAGCUCAUCGUAUCAAGAACAUCGAUUCCAUUCUCUCUCAGAUUGUUCGUGCGUUCACCAGCCGUGGACGAUUACUUAUCACCGGGACGCCUCUGCAAAAUAAUAUGAAGGAGCUGUUUGCGCUGCUGAACUUUAUUUGUCCCGAAAUAUUCUCGGACUAUGCCGACCUAGAAAGCUUUCUGCACAAAGACGACAGCGGCGAGACGGAUGAUCAGGAGACGAGUAAGAAAGUUGUAGAGGCGUUGCAUAAGAUCUUGCGACCGUUCCUGCUUCGCCGUGUCAAGUCCGAUGUUGAGAAGAACCUCCUUCCGAAGAAGGAAAUCAAUAUCUAUGUCGGGUUGACGGAGAUGCAGCGCAAGUGGUACAAGUCGGUUCUAUCAAAAGACAUUGACGCGGUCAAUGGCUUGACCGGAAAAAAGGAGGGCAAGACUAGGCUAAUGAACAUUGUAAUGCAGGUCGUGUGCUGUCACCCUUAUCUGUUUGAUGGAGCUGAACCUGGUCCACCAUACACGACUGACGAGCAUCUCAUCGAUAAUGCUGGAAAGAUGGUCAUCCUUGACAAGCUACUUAAAUCAAUGAAGGAGAAAGGGUCCCGUGUUCUUAUCUUCAGUCAAAUGAGUCGUGUUCUCGACAUCCUUGAAGACUAUUCCAUCUUCAGGGGUUACAAGUAUUGUCGAAUUGAUGGUGGAACUGCUCAUGAGGACCGUAUCACCGCGAUCGAUGAAUACAACAAGCCAGGCAGCGAGAAGUUCUUGUUCUUACUUACCACCCGUGCCGGAGGUCUCGGCAUCAACCUAACGACAGCAGACAUUGUCGUUUUAUAUGAUAGCGACUGGAACCCUCAGGCUGACCUACAGGCAAUGGACCGUGCACAUCGUAUCGGCCAAACGAAACAAGUCUACGUUUUCCGGUUCAUCACGGAGAACAGUGUCGAGGAACGGAUGCUUGAACGUGCCGCCCAGAAGCUACGCCUGGAUCAGCUUGUCAUUCAGCAAGGCCGCACACAGAUUACCAAAGCUGCAAAUAAGGAAGAGCUUAUGGAGAUGAUCACCCACGGAGCCGACAAGAUUAUUAAUUCAUCAGACACGCUCACGGUUGACGACGAUAUUGACAAGAUCAUCCUGCACGGCGAGGAACGAACAGCCGAACUCAACAGCAAAUAUGAGGGCCUGAACUUUGAAGACCUCAAUAACUUCAAGUCGGAUUCAAUGCUAGCAUGGGAGAGCGAGGGUGCAAAGAAUCGUCCUAACCUCGGCUUGGAUCUACUGUCAUUGUCGAAACGAGAGCGCAAGUUAAAUUACUCGGUGGAUGCGUAUUAUAAGGAGACCAUGCGCGCAGGUCAGGCGAAACCCGACAAGGCGCCCAAACUUCCCCGAGCACCGAAGCAACUCAACUUGCAAGAGUUUCAGUUCUACCCUCCACGAUUGCAGGAACUCCAGGAACGAGAAUACAAUGCUUAUAGGAAAGAGCAUGGCAUUCCUGCUGCACCCAAUAAUCCCAACCUUUCUCCAGAAGAACUGGAAGAAGAGCGAGCGGCGGAACAAGCGAAGAUUGACGAUGCAAUUCCUCUCACCCAAGAGGAGCAAGAGGAGAAGGAUGAGUUGGUGGCUCAAGGUUUCGAAAAUUGGAACAAGCGUGAUUACCAAGCAUUUGUUCGAGCAUUGGAGAAUCAUGGAUGGACCGAUGACUUCGAACUCUUCUCCAGUGAAAUCCCCGAAAAAACACCCCAAGAGGUGAAGGCAUAUUAUCAAGUCUUCAGGCAGAACUGGCACAAACUAUCAGAUUACCAGCGCACAAAGCAACGUAUCGAAGAUGGAGAAGAGAAGCGAAGGAAACAAGAUGCACUUUGGAGGAUGUUGUCAAAGAAGAUCAAUGCAGUGCAGUACCCUAUGCAAGAGCUUGAACUUAAUUAUCCAACGACGAAAGGGAAGAUCUACAGUGAAGAGGAAGACCGAUACCUCCUUUGCCGAUUGCACUACUACGGGCUCAAAGCGGACGAUGUCUACGAGCGAAUCAAGCGGGAUAUUACGGAGUUCCCUGUUUUCCGAUUUGACUGGUUCUUCAAGAGCCGGACACCUCAGGAGCUGCAACGUCGCUGUACAACACUUCUUGGAUUGAUUGAGAAAGAGGCGGACCAGGAGCAAGAAGAGGAAGCUAAGACGAAGGGUGGUUCUCGUGGCAAAAAGCGAGCUGCAGAUGAUGCUGCUACACCUAGUGCUUCUGGUACGAAAUCUGGGAAGGGCUCACGCGCCAAUACACCACCAUUAACGAAAGCACCAAAGAAGAGUCGAGCAUAG